AUGUCCAUACCGUCUAUGACUUCAUUAGCUUCGGCGACUGUUAUCGCGACAAUCAGUAGCACUCUCUCAACCUCUGUAUCCGCACCCUCAUCUGCGCCUACAUUUUAUCCCCUGGCGGGUCAAGGUCAACCUUCAGACGGAGAGGACAAUGGAGAAUGCAAACUCCUGGGGCCCUUCUCGCUCCUAGUGCAGGCGGCACUCGGGGCGCUGGCGCUGUCGUCAUUAGUCUACAAGCGCUGGAGGGAAAGACCCCAGCGCCCUGUGAAAGUAUGGGCGUUUGACGUUUCGAAACAAGUUUUUGGCUCGGCAAUGCUACAUCUGGCAAAUCUACUCAUGUCGAUGUUUUCUGCUGGCCAGUUUGAAAUCACGAGCGACUAUAGACCGAAUCCGUGCUCGUUCUAUCUGUUGAAUUUGGGGAUCGAUACAACGCUUGGAAUUCCGAUCCUCAUCUUCAUCCUUCACAUCCUGAACCGUUUGGCUGCAUUCACCGCUCUUGCAAACCCGCCGGAGUCGAUUGAGUCUGGAAACUAUGGCUCUCCACCAAAGGCAGCUUGGUGGUUCAAACAAGCUAUGAUAUAUUUCAUCGGACUUCUCGGCAUGAAGAUCUGCGUCUUCUUUCUUAUACAACUAUUGCCGUUCAUUGUCAAAGUCGGCGAUUGGGCCCUGCGGUGGACAGAGGGGAAUACGGCUGUCCAGAUCAUCUUCGUCAUGCUGCUCUUCCCCGUGAUCAUGAAUGCGAUCCAGUACUACAUCAUCGACACAUUCAUCAAGAAACAACUGUCUCCUGAGCUGGUUGCUGAAGAAGAUGACGCCGAGGCAGAGGAUUGUUUGCUAGAUGAAGACCGGAAUCAACACAGUGCAUUCCUGGCUGACCUCGACGGAGAUGGUAUCUUUGGAUCGGAUGAAGUCUCGAUAGGGAAGCAUCUGGACAAGGGGCUGGACCAACCCUCGCGGUCGAACGAACGGCUUGGCCGAUUUGAGCGUGCUGAAUAUGACCCUGCGGUCGAUGGGGAGUACCUGCCAGCUGCAUCUUUGGCGUCUGCCAGAUCAAGCAGCAGUCAUGGAGAGUAUGAUGAGAUGGCAUCCUCAACGAAGCUUACUAUUCAAACCAAGAAAUCAUGA